AUGUCCCGUUUCCGAUGUUCCGAGCCCAAUGAAUAUAACGGCGCCAAGUACCGGUUCAUGGCCACGGAUAUGUUUGGAGAAGUCCUUCAGAAGAUUCUGGACCGGCGGGGCAAGAUGCCUGCAUCGAAGACCACACCCAGCCUCGACAUGCUCUUGAUCGACGUUUUGGAGCGUGUUCACAGCUACGAGCCCAUCCAUGCCGAUGUGAAGGCAUAUAGGCGGCUGCUUAUGUUUAGUGAAGGCGGUGACAACAGGGUGUACCUCCUGGACUUUAGUUUGGCCUGUCGGUACACGCAAAAUAGCAAGCACAAGGAAUACAAGGAAGAUUUCAGGAAGGCGUGCGACGGCACCACCGAGUUCACGAGACGGGACGCCGACAUUGGCGUGCACUCGCGAAGGGCCGACAUGGAACUCCUAGAAUACAAUCUACUCCGGUGGCUUUGCUGCCCACUUCCUUGGGAGGAUAACCUCAAGGACCGCGAGUACGUUAGCCAACAGAGGUGCACGCUGCUGGAAAACUUCCCCUUGCUGAUGCGCAAAUGCUUCCAACAGGGGGACAUUCCAUGCGGCAUCACCGUCUUCCUCCAGUACGUGGCCUCCAUGAAAUUUGAGGAUACGCCAGACUAUGGACAGUUAAACAGGAUCUUGGAGAAGGAAAUCGAGGCGCCGGCGCUCGAGCCCGACAGCAGGCUGCUUCGCACGCCACCGAGGAGGCCGCGGCGAAGCUCUUUCUCGCCAAAGAAGUCCGUGCUGGAAGAAAUCAUUCUCGCCGAGGACAGCAUGGACGUGCGCGUGAACGAGAACCUCGUCGAAGAGCCGCCGCCAGCGAAUGUCGCCCACGGCUGUACGACGCCGCUCCAGAAAAACAACCGCCGAUCACCCACGGCCACAAAGUCCGCCACGAGGCUUCAGGGCCUCGUCAAGGUGGAGCCCGAGUGA